GACGUCAUGUCUCGUGCGGCAGACAGCUCUCUUCCUGCGUUCACCCCCCUCUCAUCUCUCCUCACUCUGGACUGAAGUUGCGGAGCAGCCGGGAGCGGACAGUAGCUACAUUUUCUCUAUUUCUGUUUCUACAAGCAAUCUUCUCUUCCCGCAAACUGUAUGGUGGAUAUAAUAUUUAGCUCUUCUUUUUUGGAUGAUAUGGGGGAUCAUUCCAAAAAGAAGUCCGGACUUGCGAUGUGUGUAGGCUGCGGCAGUCAGAUCCAUGACCAGUAUAUUCUGCAGGUCUCCCCCGACCUGGAGUGGCACGCAGCCUGUCUGAAAUGUGUGGAGUGCAACCAAAACCUGGACGAGACGUGCACUUGUUUCGUACGGGACGGGAAAACGUAUUGCAAGAGAGAUUAUGUAAGAUUGUUCGGUAUAAAAUGCGCAAAAUGUACUUUGGGCUUCAGCAGCAGUGAUUUGGUCAUGAGAGCUCGGGACAGUGUCUAUCACAUCGAAUGUUUCCGCUGCUCGGUGUGUAGCCGGCAGCUUUUGCCCGGGGAUGAGUUCUCCCUCCGGGACGAGGAACUGUUGUGUCGAGCAGAUCACGGUCUGGCCCUGGAGCACGGAGCAGGCAGCAGUCCUCUCAGUCCGGGAAACAUCCGCAGCAGAGGAUUACAUAUGGCAGCUAAUCCUGUGUCGGUCCGGCAAACUCCUCAUCGGAACAUGCACAAGCAAUCGGAGAAGACCACUCGGGUGAGGACGGUGUUAAACGAAAAGCAGCUCCACACUUUACGGACGUGCUACAACGCAAACCCGAGACCAGAUGCUCUAAUGAAGGAGCAGCUGGUGGAGAUGACAGGUCUGAGCCCACGGGUCAUCCGAGUCUGGUUCCAAAACAAGCGCUGCAAGGACAAGAAAAGAUCUAUACUCAUUAAACAGUUACAACAACAGCAACAUGGCGAUAAUACGAAUCUGCAGGGUAUGACGGGCACUGCGCUGGUUGCAGGCAGCCCAGUCCGACACAACCCCUCAGUGCCAGGACACCCGCUGGAACUGCAGACUUACCAGCCACCCUGGAAAGCUCUCAGUGAAUUUGCACUUCUGAGUGACUUAGAUCAACCUGCUUUCCAACAGCUGGUCUCUUUCUCGGAAUCCGGUUCUUUAGGAAACUCAUCGGGCAGCGACGUGACUUCUCUUUCUUCACAGUUACCGGACACACCGAACAGCAUGGUACCGAGCCCGGUGGAGACGUGAGAGCGACUUGCGCGUCAGUUUCCCGGGAAAUUAUGAGAACAGCUCAAAUCACGGGCGCGGGAAAUUCCACUAGCAUCACCGGACUACCAUCAGAAUUAUAGCAAAAAUCUGCACUGGGAACAGAGGAACCGUUUUUCCUAAAAUUCGUCAACAAGUCCGUGGUGAUGCUGGAAGUGAAAUGAUGGAAAGUGAA